ACUAUAAAAAGUUGGAUGGCCAUGGCAAACAAAAUGAAACUGGGUGGCUCCUUUAGUCUUUGUUCAGACAAUUCAACUCCAAACCUCCCACAUCGCAGUUCUUGAAUCUCAUUUUAACAAGAUUGUAUUUGUAUAAUUGGAUAUAGAUAUGUCUUCUGCUCAAGACCCUUUUUACAUUGUCAAAGAGGAAAUUCAAGAUUCUAUUGACAAGUUGCUCUCAACAUUUCACCAAUGGGAACGAAUGCCUUUGGACAGUGGGAAUCAACUACAUCUCACUAAGGAGCUCCUUGCUAGUUGCGAGAGCAUUGAGUGGCAGGUGGAUGAAUUGGACAAGACAAUUGCUGUUGCAGCAAGAGAUCCUUCUUUUUAUGGUGUUACCCAGGUGGAGCUUGAUAAACGAAAAAGAUGGACCAGCAAUGCUCGUACUCAGGUGGGGAAUGUGAAGAAAUCAGUAAUUACUGGGAAGGAGUCGAACGGCACAAGCACUUCUAGUGUAAAUGGUAUGCGGCGUGAGCUGAUGAGACUUCCAAAUUCUAAUCAGUCUGACAAAUCCAAUCAGUAUAAUGCACAAGAUAAUGAUGAUUUCAUAUCAACAGAAUCAGAUCGACAACAACUUCUCAUAAGGCGACAAGAUGAAGAGCUGGAUGAGCUCAGUGCCAACGUAGAAAGAAUUGGAGGUGUUGGCCUUACGAUACAUGAAGAACUCCUUGCACAGGAGAAAAUAGUAGAUGAACUGGGUACAGAGAUGGACAGUACAUCAAAUCGUCUCGAAUUUGUUCAGAAAAAGGUUGGCAUGGUAAUGAAGAAGGCUGGUGCAAAGGGUCAAAUUAUGAUGAUUUUGUUCUUAUUAGUUUUGUUCAUU